GGGAGAAAUGCACAACUGUCAUUGACCCAGGCUUUGAGCAUGCGUUGUACUGCCGGCUGAAGCCAAACCUCGGGGGCCUAGGACGCCCUCCUGCACAUGCGUAGGAGACUCAAUGACAGUCCAGCGUUGGCUAAGGCUCUGGGGAAAGGGUCUGGCCAUGCUGCCUGUGACCCGGGGGGUGUGGGGGUCCGGGGUCCGAGUAGGGCCCCUGUUGCCCGCGCUCCUCUGGACCCCCCGGGCCCUGUCGUCGCUGGCGGCCAAGAUGGGGGAGUAUCGCAAGAUGUGGAACCCCAAGGAGCCCCGCGACUGGGCCCAGCAGUACCGCGAGCGCUUCAUUCCGUUCUCCAAGGAGCAGCUGCUCCGCCUCCUGAUACAGGAAUUCCACUCGAGUCCGGCAGAGAAGGCGGCUUUGGAGGCAUUCUCAACCCAUGUGGACUUCUGCACCCUGUACCACUACCACCACAUCCUGGCCCAGCUGCAGGCCUUGUAUGACCCCAUCAACCCCGACAGGGAGACCCUCGAGCAGCCAUCGCUAACAGACCUCCAGCGUUUGUCCAAUGAGCAGGAGGUGCUUCGGGCCCUGGAGCCCCUGCUGGCCCAGGCCAACUUCUCCCCGCUCUCCGAGGACGCCCUGGCCUAUGCACUGGUGGUCCACCAUCCUCAGGACGAGGUCCAGGUGACAGUAAAUUUGGAUCAGUAUAUCCACAUGCAGUUCUGGGCCCUGGGCCAGCGAGUCGGGGAGAUGCCCCGUAUGUCCAGCGUGGGCUCCAAGCGCGGCUUCUUCACCAAGAUGCCCCCUGUAGAGAGGAGGUACUUUAAGCGGGUGGUGCUGGCCGCCCGGACAAAACGAGGACACCUGGUGCUGAAGAGCUUCAAGGACACGCCGCUGGAGGGCCUGGAGCAGCUGCUGCCCGAGCUGAAGGUGCGCACGCCCACCCUGCAGCGCGCCCUGCUCAACCUCACGCUGGUCGUGUCUGGCGUGGUGUUCUUCGUCAAUGUGGGCAUGGUGGUGCUCACGGACCUCAAGGUGGCCACGUCCCUGCUGCUGCUGCUCUUUGCCGUCUUCAUGGGCCUGCGGGCUUCCAAGAUGUUCGGGCAGCGGCGCAGCGCGCAGGCGCUGGAGCUGGCGCACAUGCUCUACUACCGCAGCACGUCCAACAACUCGGAGCUGCUCAGCGCCCUGGCCCUGCGCGCGCAGGACGAGCACACCAAGGAGGCGCUACUGGCCCACAGCUUCCUGGCCCGGCGUCCGCGGGGCGCGGGAGGCCCGCCGGAAGAGACCUCCCAGUGGCUCCAGUCAGAGGUGGAGAACUGGCUCCUGGCCCAGUCAGGCUGUGACGUGACCUUCAACGGAACUCGGGCCCUGGCCCACCUGCAAGCCCUAACUCCUAGCGUGGGGUUGUACCCACCCCCGGGUUUCCCCAGACUAGACCCAUUGGCCACAGUCACUUCCGAAUUCCCCCAGGCUGCACCCAGCAGUAACAACCCUUGACUGAAACCUCGCUGCCCAGCCCCGCCCAGCCACCUGGCUAGGAACGAAGCCCCACCUCCUUCACAACGAGCUGUCAAUCACAGUUACUAUGUCUCUCCAACUUCCAAUUACUGACAGGCAGUUAUUUUUGCACCACCGUAUGCUUAAACAAAGCAGCCAAUCAAAGCAGCCAGCGGUUGCUAGGCCCCGCCCCUUCUAAUGAACAGCCAAUCAAAGCUAUUUAGCUCUGCUUCUAGCCCAUUUCUUAGACCCACCCUCACCAUGGUCAUCCAAAGGUGGUUUAGUUGAAGAGCUGGAGGUGUCAGCCAAUCACAGCCGUUCAGCUCUGGGUUCUAUAAACCACCAAGUAGAGUCAUUAAUGCUGUACUGUCCUGAGGCUAUACUCGUAUAUCAUUGUUUUUUCAGCCUGCUCCGGGCAAACCGCCCAUCAAGUGCACAAAGGCGGGGCCCCAGCUGGCAGCCCUGGAGAGCCAUUCAAGCUUUGCCUCCUGGCAAACAACCAAUGACAGCUGCUGGGCACUAUCAACCUUGGGCAGCCAGUUGUCUCUGCAGGGAAGCAACCAAUCGGAAUUUCUAAAGGAAACCUGAUCUUUCUAUAAAUUGCUACUGCUUGUAUGGCGGGCCAUCUGGUCAACUGCUGAUCAGGGUGUCCAGGCUGAAGGGGCUGGGAACCUUGUGCCAGGUAAAAUCUGUGGGUCUGGAGGCAACAGAGACCACCCUCACCCGAAGACUCGCUGCCACUCAGGCUCCCAACAACCUCAGGUGCCUUCCUUGCCCAGGUCCCUCGCCAUUUCUACAGAAACUACCUCGG